AUGGCAACAACGAAAUCCCAACAACAGAAGGUAGCUUGCAAAUGCUGCCAAACGGAAGGAAGCGAUGGCAGUUUCACAGGAUGCGGAUGCACCUUUCAUGUUAGAUGCCUUCCACCAAGCGUCAUUAGAUCUGCAGUGCGCUCCUCGUCAAAAGCCAACGACAAAAAGGAGCAACAGGAAUGUCGCCAAGACUUCACCUGUCCCUUUUGCAACGAUGACGUAUCAGGGAUAUAUCUAUUUCCCCUCCCAUUCGACAAACUCGAAAAGGCGAUUAAUCUGAAAACGAAAUCGUCCAGCCACCAAUCGUCCAGCCACCUUGCAGGAAGCAAACGAAAGCACGACGGUUCUAAUGCGGAUGAAGUUGCUUUCAGCGUCUAUUCCAAGUGGCGAACGGGCACACGUGGUAUGCUUGCGGACAGUGACCAACACCGAACUGGACGAUGGACCGAUUCUGAAAUGGCCUUCGUCGACCACAUUGUGACUUCCUUUGAUGAAGGAAAGUUAUCCAUUGCAGAAGGUGUCAAGCUGAAUACUUUGCUCUGUGAUUUACUACAAUGCAAGUCCAGUCGAUUGACCAAGAAAAUGAAGAACGCCAAGCUCAGUACGCGUGCAUUCAAGGCUGCCCCAGAAGCACCUGGAGUGGUGAACCGUGAAGACUGUCAGGUACUUUCAGCUCUGCAGGAAAAAUUCCUCAGUGGGCGUCCUACCGAGGCCGCUACUUUGGAACUCGAAUUCAACUUUGUGCAGCAAUGGCGAUCAUACUUUUCCAACUUUUGCAUGCAAGCUGGCUACAUGUUCCUCGAUUCCAAUGAUUGGAUGUCGAGUAUCGAAGAUCUUGAACAAAGGGCCUCCACCGUGGAAGAGAAAUUCCGAAAGGUCAAACGAAGGAGCAUGUCCAAGGCUCUAAACUCGGAGAGCAAAAAGCCGAAGACAACUGCCACAAAAGCGGUGAAAGAAUCUCUCCCAACGCCGCCUUCACCACCAAAAUCCGUUCCAUCUGCUGCCCCCCAAGAAGAAGAGUCUCCAACACCUUCCUUAAUGUCUGUCUUUGAUGAAGUGGAAGAAGCAGAAAGCGUUGGUCGUCGACCUCGAACAUUCAGCGAAGAUUUCGACAAUGUCCUCGAAGACCUUGCAUGUGGAGGCACAGGAGAGGGUAUGAUGCCUCUGUCUCUUCCGGAUGUGACAGUUCCAAACCACCAGUCUUCAUCAAAAGAUAUCAAUGCCAACACGGCAGUCCCAAGCACCUUCCAAGACCUGCUUCGUCUAUUGAUGGAGGCCCCAACCAGUCCUUACCACCAUGCAGACAUUUGGGUGCCUUCUUUUGUAAACGAGGGCGGCGAGAAUAUUCAGUUGCUUCAUGCUGGAUACGCAACACGAAGAAACGUCCCAGAAGCAAUCUUCAGCUCCAUGAAUGCCUUUGGGGAAUACAGCAAGUCUUUCACCUUCAAGCCUGAGCAAGGUCUUCCAGGUCGUGUCUUCUCGACAGGAAAGUCCUUGUGGAUCUUUGAGCUUCAAGAUCUCGACCACCACAGCUUCACUCGUGCUUCUGGGGCCAGCAAUUAUGGCUUGAAGACUGCCACCGGAAUCUCACUGAAUACCCCAGGAGUUGGGAGAAUGGUGGUUGUUUUCUACAGCUGCCACGAGAUCGCCGAGGACAAAUCUUUGGCCGAUCAGCUUGCUAGAGAGCUUACCAAGUACGCACCCCAACCGAAAUGGAAGCUUGUGAUUGACAUCAAUCAAAACAUGCAACCACACCAAUCCUCUGCCAACCAAGCCUGUCCACAAAAUGACUUCCAUACCGAUCUUGAAGAAGAGUUGAUAAGCCAAUCUGGUAUCGUGUCCCCUUCCUUGUCCUCUCAAAAAGAACCAACAAGGCCGACGAGCCCUCUCGAAGUAUCCAGUGUGAUUGAGGACUCGAUCGAAAGCGAAAUCAUUUCACUGUUGGGGAAUGAAACGACCGAGUUGAAUGGGGCGGCGUCUUCUUCUACUACUUCGUCUGCAUCAUUGGAUACGGAAAAAAUGGUCCCUCACUACAUGACGAUUCGACUUCUUUUGCUUCGCCCAGCAUCGCGUCGGACAUCACAAGAAAACGAAAUCUUGGAGGUAUUGAAGAGUAGCUAUCUUGCCUACAUGAAGGGCAGUACUCGUCGAAACAGUGGCGAACUUGCGAAAUUGUUGGUUCGAGACUGGGUCUGCAUGAAGUUUCAUGACGGAUCGUUUUCUAUUGGUAGCCCGAGUAUGCAAAACUGCGACUUGGAAUCCAAAAGCGGUGUUUCGCUACUAGGACCACCAGCACAUGCUGCUGUCCCAGCAGGGAAGAAACUCAGCAUGCUGCAAACAAAACAAAAGAACCUUUGCAAACCUGCUGCUACACGGAGUAUGGAAUCUAUGGAAGCAAAAAGCAGACGGAUAUCAGUCGAAGAUGUGUUUCAAGGUUGCAGCUAA